AUGGACCAAAGUGGUAUUCCUAAUGCAUUGGCAGCAAAUCCGCCCAACGCUUCUCCGGCCACAACAAUGGCCACCCCCGCCAAUACAUUAACAACAAGCGUAGCUACUACUGCAAGCACCUUAACAACAACAGCCACUACAAUAAUUACCAGUAGCAGCAAUACAAGUAUUGCAGCAUCCACAGUGUCAAGCGGCACAGCCGUCGGCAAUCAAACUUCAACAGUUUUGGCGCCCAGCGCGUCGGCAACCACCGCCGUUGUGGGUGGCGCUCUUAGUUUAACGGCGACGGUGUGUAGUCAGCCAAGUCAACAGCAGCAGCAAUCUAUUCCUGUGGUGGACCUCUAUAAGAGUGAAGAUGUUAAUAAUUCAUCGUUAGCCAGUGGCAUUUCAGAAGGACAACGCUCUCUCUCUGCGGCGCCAUCCGCCUCGUCGAGUCCUAUACUAAGUCCGCCUGGAAAAAUUUUCGGCCGCAAUGCGAAUGGAACGUUGGUCGCCACUUCUCGGCCCAACAAUGAAGCCGAAACGCAACUCUAUCGGGUGCUUCAACGUGCCAGCCUGCUUGCCUACUACGACACUUUGUUGGAAAUGGGCGGCGAUGAUGUUCAACAACUCUAUGAAGCCGGCGAAGAGGAGUUUCUAGAAAUCAUGGCCUUAGUAGGCAUGGCCUCGAAACCAUUACAUGUACGUAGACUACAAAAAGCACUUCAUGAAUGGGCCAACAAUCCUUCGCUUUUUCAAGGUCCCAUAAGUUCUACGUCUAGCACACCUGGUCUCUUCGAUACACCCACUAAAUCUCCCGCCGUGCUCGUAAAACCCGAUGUAUCUCCAUCGUUUACACGCACUGCAUUUCCCUCUUUCAAUCCUACACCCGCCUUUAAUCCUACACCCCUUGCGGCUACGUCCUCCCAUCUCAUUUCACAAAUGUGUCAGCCUGUCAUCACAGUGCCUAUCAUUCAGCCACACACACCACUUCCACUUCCUGCAGCUACUCUACCUGCGACCGCCAUACCUCCCGCAGCGCCUACACUGAGUGCCUCAACAGGAGGCAGCACUGCUGGUGCCACGCAUCAAGUUUCCUCCAGCUCGCCGCAACUUACGCCCGUACUCACGGAAAUGCAAGUGCAGCGUAUAACGCAAGGUGCUGAGAAAAUUGCACGUCAAUUGCCGCAGCGUGAACCACGUGCACACACCUCCAAGAAGCGUACCAGUCGCGAGCUUGAACAAGUCAUCGCUAUGCAUGAGAACGAUCCGCGUCGUAUGGAAGAGAUUCGUAAGUACUCGGCCAUAUAUGGGCGCUUCGAUUGCAAGCGGCGACCAGAAAAACCGCUGACACUGCACGAAGUCUGUGUUAAUGAAGCGGCAGCGCAGCUGUGUCGUUUAGUGCCAGCGCUGCUUACACGUCGUGAUGAACUCUUUCCACUAGCGCGUCAAAUCGUUAAGGACGCUGGUUUCGGACAUUCGGCAAGCAUAGCGCGAUAUGGCGGACUAUUGCCGCAGAUAAUGCAAACGCAGCAAGCGAUAACACGUUCUGUAGCCAUCUUGGAUUGUGAGUCGAGUGAUUCGACGGCGUCUGCAUCGAGUAAACGUGCACGUAUGGCCUCCACUGAGGCAACGACCGCGGUAACGCCUGCCGAUUUGGGUCUGAGUCGGGAAUCGACUGAGGAUUCGCGUUAUAAUCUCUUCGCAAUGUAUCAAAAAUUUGCUAAACCACCAUUCGAUCUAACGGAUAUCAGCAAAUUUAACUUGAGCAAGUCCGAAUAUGAUGACAAUGACAAUGACUCACGCCUUUCCUUCAGCAAUUCCAGUUCGCCUUCCAUACCACCGUCUUCACUCGAAAAUGAGCGCGAUCUGUCCGACUCGAUGAAAAUGAAGAGCUUAACAUCCUUUGCCGCCAAUGCUAUCAACACCUCAGCUGCGCACAGUGGUCAGGAUUUACUAGACUCGUCAAAUAACAUGAAAUUCUCACCCAACCAUCAACAGCGUAAUCAGAUGAAACUCAUGAGCUGUCCAACAAACGAUUCCACUGUUCAAGUCAUUUCGGCAGCUGGUGGGCAUAUUAUUGCUGUGGCUAAUCCUGCACUGGCGCUGAGUCCAACUCUCAACGAGGCGCUGAGUCUGAAGCGGGAGGCGAACUCUCCGGAUUUGUAA